AUGUUCAUCGCGCGAUCGGAAUAUGAAUUAUUACAGCACCUUCUCCCCCGAGGACGUUUAUUCCAGGUCGAGUACUCUCUUGAAGCUAUCAAACUAGGUUCGACAGCGAUCGGUGUCGCAACCAACGAAGGCGUCAUCCUGGGCGUUGAGAAACGUGUCACAUCUACUCUUCUUGAAGCCUCUUCUGUCGAAAAGAUUGUCGAGAUUGAUCAGCACAUCGGCUGUGCUAUGUCCGGUCUGCAGGCAGAUGCCCGGAACCUCGUCGAGCAUGCCCGCGUUGAGUGCCAAAACCAUGCCUUCCACUAUGCUGAACCACUGCGAGUUGAGAGCUGCACCCAGGCCAUUUGCGAUUUGGCCCUGAGAUUCGGAGAGACCGGGGAUGACGAAGAAAGCGUGAUGAGUAGGCCUUUUGGUGUUGCUUUGUUGAUCGCGGGUUUUGAUGAGGAUGGCCCUCAACUAUAUCACGCUGAGCCAUCCGGUACAUUCUACCGAUACGAUGCGAAGGCCAUUGGAUCCGGAAGCGAGGGUGCGCAAGCGGAACUGCAGAACGAAUAUCACCGCUCCCUCACUCUAGAAGAAGCGGAGACACUGGUCCUCAAGACACUGAAGCAGGUCAUGGAGGAGAAGCUAGACGCCAAAAACGUUCAGCUUGCCAGUGUGACCAAGGAGAAGGGCUUCCGUAUCUACAAUGAUGAGGAGAUGGGACGGGCUGUUGCGACCUUGGGUGGUAAUCAAUAAGCGAAUUAAUGCACAAUGAUUGUGAUGAGCCUAUGCGUUAUAUUGAGAAUACAUGUCAUACAUGGGCUGGUAUUUGUUCUGGAAGUCGAAUAGAAAAGAUCUGUCUAAUGAUUUAUCCCUCAAGCCUUGUUCCGACCCGAUAGGACUUCGCUG